AUGCCUCUCGAUGAACGCUGUCCGUUGGUACUUCAGGAAAGGGUUGGCCCGGUGGGCAACAGCGGGCUUCGACGACCAUCCCGAUCACCGCGCAGCCAGCGUAGCCGCAGCGCGGACGUGGACUGCCUGAAGAAGUACACGGAACGUCGCGUGGAGGAACGCCGGUACACGGAAAUCAGUGACGCCAGCAAGCUGGACACCUCGAAGUGGAUGCCGCUACCGAGGAACCUGCCUCGGGGUCAGCAAAUGAGCCCCAGCAGCAACAAAAGACCCUCGAGGGAUGAGCGACAGGAUAGCGUGGAGGAGUCGGCAACGGGUAUCGAAAGGUGGCCAGCCAAGCCGAACUCGGCCGACACAUCCUCGGAGGAUCUUAGAUCCUCCGUCAUCAGGAUCGAUCAUGAACUCACUGUACCGCGUCCGCCCGGCACCAGAAGCCACAGCACCGACGUGACCGCCCUGAGAGGUCACGACAAGCGCAGCAUCGAGCAGCGAAGACACACGGACUGCAGCGACCCGCGCACCAUCGCCACGAGGUGGAUACCGCAGAUCAACGGCGCGAAGUUUCGCCGCGAAUCGUCCCCUCUCGCGAGAGUCGACUGCGAGGUCACGAAGGGCUCGGCCAAUCGGUGGAUGACCUUCGCGAAAAAUUCGUCGCCCGAUCCCGUGCUGAAAGUGAAUCCCGAAAGAAAAGAUUCCACCAUGGAACGCAAGGAAGACGAAGGACCGUGCAAGGACUUAGAUAACUCUAAAUGGCAGCCACCGAGAAAGUUCUCGCCGGCGAAGAGCGAGAAAGGACAUUUACAGAGGCAAGAUGAGUUGGAUAUGGGCAGAGAUCGUUCCGCGAGUUGCGUCGAUGCUAACGACCGAGCAAAUAAGCUCAGCCAACGUAUGCGAGACCUGUACGAUUUCAAGACGGAGAACGAGUGGCCGAAGAGAGCGGGAAGCUCUCAGCGAGAAAACGUGUGGAUCAGCAAGAGCAGCAGCGAGGAGGAGAGGACCAACUAUCAGCCAGUUCGCAGGAACAGCCAGGACCUGGAAUUCAACGACAGAAUGAGCAGAUUCAAGGUUGAGCAUGAAGAGGAUAGACGAAGGGCAAAGGGCAACCACGACGAGGUGUUUAUGGACCAGCAAGAGGAGCGUCUACGAAAGUUCAACGACAAGUUGCGCUACAGCGAGGACCUCGGCACGGGACGGACGCGGGGCCGUGAACGACGCACCUACUCGGACGACUACGACGAGAAAGCCCGACGAGAGUCUCGCAUGUCUCGUCAGCUGGAACUGACGAUCAAGAGAGACCGGUCAGAGGUGCCCACUAAAAAAGUGGAGAAGGAGAACAAGCGGAAUUCGGACGUGAGCGCGAGAUCGCGCGAUUCCCGCGUCAGCUACGUCGAGGUGGACUUCUCGAAGCGGGAAACGCGCGCCAGUGACGCCAGCUACGCCAGCGUCAAUUUCACCAAGCGAGGCAGCGUGGAAUGCAAGAGCACUCGGAAGAUUCUGGACGUGCCGCCGAGAAGAGCCUUCAGCCAGAGCGAUGAGCGACCCGCUACACCGGUGCCGCCGAUCGAGUGGAACGAUGAGCAUUAUGUCCCCAAGAAGCUACCCUCGGAACGCCAGAAAAGGGACAGCACCAGAUAUAAGGUGUACUUGACGUAGGGAACACUCGCAAGCGUUUCGCGAAACGAACGACGUCGCUUCCACCUGGUUUCAGAGUAGUCUCCGUCAACAAAGUAGAGGCACAAAUCCGACUUAGGUGGAAGAUGUCAGUGCGAAGUGGAGUCCGAUGGAAGAUUGAUCGAUUGGACGCUUUGUGCCGGUGUUAAUUCAACGAGGUAGGAAAUUCUUUGCGGUUUCAUCUGAGCGUUUCUCUUAUGAGAAGGUUUUUUAAGAAACGGAAUAGGGUAGACCGAGGCGAAUCGCAUCACAAAGUGAAUCGGAUUAAUAUAAGCUCUAAGACAGUUAUUAUUAAUAUUUUGUUUUAAAUGAGUUAGUAACUGGCAUGAUAAAACAGCUCAAUUAAAACAAAAUAUUAACAAUAAUUGUCUUAGAAUUUAUAUUGAUCCGAUUCACCCUGUGAUCCGAUUCGCCUCGGUCUAUUCUACAGAACACUCGUAAGCAUUUCAUGUCUUCAACUCUUUUCUUUCGCUGCUGAAUUUGGUAGCUGUCUACUACUGUGAUAUGUUUAUCGUGUCAAGUAUAAUGAGAUACGCAAACGCGCUAGUUACAAUCUUUUUUAAUUGCCGUUAUAGUUACGGUAUAAUAUGUGCAAUUCCUCGGGUUAGUUUUCAAGCUUUCUAAUAUCCACCAGAAAGGUCAGGAUAUGGCCGUGAGACGAAAUUAGAGCCUCCUACCUUGUACGAGCAGAGAUAUAUUUAUCUCUUCACGUGAAUGAAAUAAGAAACGAUCGUUUUGCCCACUAUGGUCGUAAGUGUAAAUACGUGUGUCAAAAUUGAUGUGCUGCGAUAUCCGAUGUCAAUUCUGUGUUGGACGGUGUCUGUCAUGUUUAUUAAAAUGAAGACGAGCGUUGAAUUUUGAACUUUAACGAAGUAUAAAAUAUGUAACGAACGAGAUUCUCGAGAAAUAUACGAUGGAGUUGUCUGUCGAUAACUGUUAAGCGUUCAGGUGUUUGCUGUGUUCACCGUAGAAUAAACGCGAUAAAUGGAUAUAUGUACGAAUAAAAAGACGAAUUCGAUAUAUAUUCUGUUAUAUAUACAAGAUCUACAAUAACUCGACACCCAUCCGGGCACAGGAGCCUGACACGUGUGCGAAUACAUUUGUAACGGGUUUACAAUGAACCAUGUAACUGGGAGUUUCCUAUCCGUGUUUUUCAUGUCACUGUUCCGAGCGUAACUGCGAUACAAUUCAAAUGUUGUACAAACGAUGUAACGCAACGUAAUAAGUAAUAAAAUAUUCUUUGAAGAA